UUGUCUGUGAUGUUUCAGGUCUGUUUUAAAGGAGACAAUGAGAUGUGGCCUUUUAUCUCAUACCAUCUACCAUCCCUACCUCCAUACAUCAUCCCUACCCCCCCGUCAGAAGCAGAGAUAUAUAAGCAGGCAAACUCUGACUCCCUUUAUUGUGGGCUGUACAUACCCCUGGGCACACACACUCACACUUGAGAGUACCUCUCAACUAUACACACAAACAGUAAGAGUACCACUCAGAGAGGUUCACCUGUGGUACGUUACCUGAGUCUGAGCUAGAGCCCAGGGGCAGGAGACUCAGGUCACCACUGGAAGAACAUUCAAACAUUCUUCAACACACUGUAUGGCAGAAGAGCUAACCAGCCUGAAGUCAGAAAAAAGCUGAAGACUUCAUUCCUGACCACAACGUACUGGAGACAAGGCGCUGCUCAUCAACAAAAGCCAGUCGUGUGGGUUUAAGGAUGGCUGGUUUGGCUCCUCCCCCUGCCUCACGCCCCGCCCUCCUGCUGUUCACCCUUAUGGCCAUGACCCUGGUGACCUCCAGCUACCCACAGCCACGCCUCCGACCCAUACACAGAGGCUCUUCUCCAAGUGAUCCAGGAGACUCCAACAAGAGGGAGGAGUGGGAGGUCCUCUACCCUUCCAUCUCGCUCCGUGAUUGGAGCAUGCAGAUGAUGUCAGCCCCAGACUUUGGUGAGGCCAAGAGCAAGGCAGAGCUCCUGGGGGAGCAGUGGCUCCCAGUGGUGGGCCUGUGGCAGAUGGACGAGGAUAUGGCCAAGGACUGGCUGGGCGACUGGGCUCCGCAGGGCUCCAACAAUGAGGAGAAGAGGAACAUCGUGGUGGCGGAUGAUGCAGCUUUCAGAGAGAAGAGUAAGCUGCUCACAGCUAUGGAGAGACAGAAGUGGCUCAACUCCUACAUGCAGAAACUGUUGGUCGUCAACUCCCAGUAGUAAGAUGACUGCCAAGCCUACAUAAAAAUAACGGAACCUGAUUUAAAUAAAAUGUUAAUAACAUACCCUGAUUUUAAAAAAAUAUGUAUAACAUACUAAAUACAAUUUGGAAACAAUUAUUCAGAAUUUAAAAGUCAAUCAAUAUUUUUAUCAGACCUUUGUGUGACGUUUGAUGAAGAAUUAACUAUGAAUAUAAAUGAUUUACAUGCCUAUGUAUAUAUGAUUGUUUUGAUCCAGUUGAAUUAUUGAUUGAGGUAAUAAAUACAUUGAGAUACUUCCACUGAGAUGGCACCGUUGGGGGGUACUGUUGUACUACUGAGGGUCUACCAUUGGACUGUUCAUACAUUGUUAUUAUUAAUGAGUGUGAAAUAAAGCAAAUAAGUGAUAA